AUGGAAAUACUGAAGCUGAGCAAAACUUCUGCAUUGUUACUUAGACUUUUAUUUCUUUUUUCUUAAAAUCUAUAACCUUUAUUACUUUGACACAAUAGAUUUUAUGGUCAAUUUGGUAAAACAUUUCCAUCUUUAUUUUUGCUUCUUCUCAAGUUCAGUUGUUUACAAGCAGUUGGUUGCACGGUAGUGUCCCAUGAAGUAGCCACAGAACUUCUUUUACAUAAGAAAAUAUACUGCUAUUGUGUUUUUGGGGUGGGGUUUUCAAAAGAACCUAUAUAAUGCAGCACACAUUUUAUUGGUUUUCAGUGAGACUUGUGCAUAUGAGGGCUGGUCUACACUGAAAACUUAUAUCAGCGUGGUGACAUGUCUCAGGAGUGCAAAAUUAUGCCGAACUAAACCUCGGUAUAGGCAGGGCUAGGUUGAUGGAAAAAUUCUUCCAUCAGUCUAGCUACUGCCUUGAGGUCAGAUGGAUUAACUACAGCAGUGGGGGAACCUCUCCUGUCACUGUAGUGAGUGUCUGCAGUGAAGCGUUAUAGCGGCCUACAGCUGUGCCACUGUAAUAGGGUAUGUGUAGACAAGCCCUUAGAAAAUCCCACCACUGAAGCAGUACUCCAUGUGCGGACUCAAAAUUCUGCUGAUAGAUCUAAGGAAAGAACAGCGUACUAUAAAGGCUACUAGGAAUAGAGUUAAAGAAAGCUGUAGGCUAAACAUUUAUUCGUAAUAGUACAUAUUUACACAGUGCAGUGACAUAAUAAAAUAGUGUUUAUGUUGUAAAUCAUUGUGGUUUAAAUCCUCAGCCCAGCAUCCAUACUGAAUAGUUGGAUUUGGCAUUGAGUAGAUGGGCUAGUCCAUAGGGGAAAUAAUUCUCUUUCCUAGGGUGCAGGGUCACUCCAUGGAUGCUACUUUAGUCCAGUAGUUGAAAUAGCUCUCUGUCGGCUCAACUUGUCCCCCUCCCCUCCUGCACCCAACAGGAGUAAGCACCGGAGAAUCCACACAGUGGUGGGCUCCCCCCACCUGCUUCUGCAAACUAGUGCAGAGGGAAUCCUUACUGUGUGGGGCUCUGCACUAUAGAAGGGCUGCAUAUCCCUCCAAAGUAAUUUUGGAUAACACUUUGUUUGCAAGUCCAGGUGAUAGGGGAGAUAGUGGAGUUGUCAGCAAGGUAGAGAACAGAGGUAAUUGAGAGAGAUUACUAAGAAAUUUCAUUUUGGACAUGUUAAAUUUGAGGUGGUUGCAGGACACUCCUGAGGAGAUGAUAUAAAGACAUUUGGAGACGUGAGAGUGGAUAGUUGGAUGGGAGGUCAGAGUUAUGGGUAGAUUUGGGAUAUGCCAGCAUAGAGUUUGUAUCUUAAAUAGUGAGAGCAGAUGAGGUCACCCAAAGAGAGAGUAAAGGAGGGCAAGAGAGGCAGUGUAAGGAUAGAACCUUAAGGGGUAUUAACCGAGUGGAAAAGAGUAAAGGAGAUAGAGCAGUCAAAUGAGAUGAUGAUGGUUAUUGUGGUAGGAGAACCAGAAUCCUACAAUCUCAGAAGCCUAAAGAGCAGAGCAGGCAGAGGAGAAAUGCAGAAGAACAUCCAUGCCAAACUGAACAAGCAUUGUCAUGGAUGAUGACGACGAUGAGUCCUGUCUCCUUGAUCUUAUUGGAGAUCCACAGGCACUGAAUUAUUUUCUACAUGGUCCUAAUAGUAAAUCUAGCAAUGAAGACUUGACUAAUGCAGGGUACUCUGCAGCCAAUUCUAAUUCAAUUUUCGCCAACUCCAAUAACACUGAUCCUAAAUCCUCCAUCAAAGGUGUAAGCAAUCAGCUUGGAGAGGGGCCUAGUGAUGGACUACAUCUGUCAAGUAGCCUUCAGUUUCUUGAAGAUGAACUUGAAUCUUCUCCUUUACCUGAUCUCAGUGAGGAUCAGCCUUUUGAUAUUCUUCAGAAGUCCUUACAGGAGGCCAAUAUUACUGAACAGACUUUGGCAGAAGAGGCAUAUCUGGAUGCCAGUAUAGGUUCUAGCCAACAGUUUGCACAAGCUCAGCUUCAUCCUUCUUCAUCAGCAUCCUUUACUCAGGCUUCUAAUGUGUCUAAUUACUCAGGUCAGACGCUGCAACCUAUAGGAGUUACUCAAGUGGUACAGCAACCAGUUGGAGCAUCUUUUGCAAGCAAUACAGUUGGUGUGCAACAUGGCUUUAUGCAACAUGUGGGAAUUAGUGUUCCCAGCCAGCAUUUGUCUAAUAGUAGUCAGAUUAGUGGUUCGGGGCAGAUACAGCUAAUUGGUUCAUUUAGUAAUCAACCUUCCAUGAUGACUAUUAACAACCUUGAUGGAUCUCAGAUUAUAUUGAAAGGCAGUGGACAGCAGGCACCUGCAAACAUGAGUAGCGGACUCUUGGUUCAUAGACAAACUCCUAAUGGUAACUCACUGUUUGGUAACUCAAAUUCAAGUCCAGUAGCACAACCUGUAACUGUCCCAUUUAACAGCACAAAUUUUCAGACAUCUUUACCAGUGCAUAAUAUCAUUAUUCAGAGGGGUCUAGCACCAAAUUCUAAUAAAGUUCCGAUUAAUAUCCAACCAAAGCCUAUUCAGAUGGGUCAGCAAACAGCUUACAAUGUGAAUAACUUGGGAAUACAGCAGCAUCACGUACAACAAGGGAUUCCUUUUCCUUCAGCAAGUUCACCUCAAAAUUCAGUAGUUGGUCCUCAUAUGUCUGUUAAUAUUGUUAAUCAACAAAACACAAGAAAAUCAGUUACUCCUCAAACAGUUAGUAAUGCUGGCGGUAGUAUUGUUAUCCAUUCUCCUAUGGGACAGCCUCAUGUAUCUCAAAAUCAGUUUCUCAUACCUACAAGUCUCUCUGUCAAUUCUAAUUCGGUUCAUCAUGUCCAGACCAUAAAUGGACAACUUCUUCAGACUCAACCUUCCCAGUUGGUUUCUAGUCAAGUAUCUGCUGAGCAUGUUAUGCUGAACAGGAACUCUACAAGCAUGCUCAGGGCCAACCAUUCAUAUUCAGGACAGAUGCUGAAUAAUCAGAAUACAGCUGUUCAAUUAGUUUCUGGUCAGACAUUCACAGCUCCUGGAAGUCAAGUUAUAGUAAAUCAUGGAACUUCUCAAAUUGUUGGUGGACAGAUGCCAUUACAACAGGCAUCACCAACAGUGUUGCAUUUAUCACCCAGUCAAAGUAGUGUUUCUCAAGGUAGAUCAGGUUUUACUACAAUGUCACCUGGACAGUCUACAGUCUCAAAUAUGUCAGCAUCUAAUCGGUUUACUGUUGUAAGUUCUUCUGGCACAGUACAUCCCAGCCUGGGGCCACCAGUUCAGUCUGUUGCAUCAGGAGGAAAUUUUACUGGAGAUCAACUUACACAGCAGAAUAGAACACAAGUUUCAGUGAGUGUAUCACAUUGUCUUCCAGUUUCCUCUUCUAAAUCUAUCAGCACUUUCAGUCGCACAUCAGUAGGAGUAACACAGCAACAGUUCACUUUUGCUCAGGCUCAGAAAAAAGUUAUGAACCAGUCCUCACCAGUUUCUGCAUCAAAGUCACAGGAUAGCUUGAGACAACCUCCGCUAACAGGUCUUCUGAGUAACACGUUGCCAGGACAGGAUUCUGGAGGUAAAAUCAUCCAGCAACCUUUAGGAACAACACAGUCACAGCAGGAAAAAGUAGUAGGAUCAUCUCCUAUCCAACAAAAUGUGCAGGUGGAUGUUCAUACAGUUGGACAAAAGAGGCCUGCUGCUAAACAGCUAACAAAAGGAGCUUUUAUUCUACAGCAGUUACAGAAGGACCAGGCACAUGCUGUGACACCAGAUAAAAGUCAAUUCAGAUCGUUAAAUGAUGCAGUCCAGAGACUCCUCUCAUAUCAUGUGUGCCAGGGAUCACUGCCAACCAAGGAGGAUUUAAGAAAAGUGGACAGUGAAUUUGAAUCUGUAGCCACGCAGCUUCUGAAAAGGACACAAGCUAUGCUAAAUAAGUACAGAUGUUUGCUCAUAGAAGAUGCAAUGCGGAUAAAUCCCUCUGCAGAAAUGGUUAUGAUUGACAGGAUGUUUAACCAGGAAGAAAGGGCAUCUCUGUCCCGGGAUAAGCGCCUUGCACUAAUGGAUCCUGAUGGUUAUCUGGCUGAUUUUUGUUGUUCCUCUAAACAAUUUGAUGAAACUGCUGAUGAAGCACAGUCCAGUGAAAGUGAUCAUCAGUGUAGUAAAACUUUGACUUCUAACAGUCAGACUACCAAGAUCCAAACCAGAGACCGAUCAAAAUCCAGGACAGCAGAGUCUACAAAUCAUGACAAACUUCAUUUAGUGCCUAACAACAUUAUGACACAACUAGAAGGAAAAAUUUCUACUAAAAAAACAGAAAGCCUCACUAAAGCUUUAAAGUUUGAGAAGGCUAGCUGUUCUCCUGACAGUCAAUACAUGGCUGUGUCUGAAGAGAAAUUGGCUGGUAAAGAUCUUGCCAAGACCAGUGAAAAUUCUUCAAGUUCUGAAGACCUGUCAAAAAUCUUGUCAAGAGCUAAUCAUGGUACACAUAAAAUGUCAAGGAAUACAGUUGAAUCUCACUCAGAGGUAAUAUGUAAUAACUCCUCCUUCCAAGACAAAACUCAGAGGAGUUUUCCAAAGAAUGAGGUUUUACAUCCUGACAACGUGAAAGGCUCGGGUGAACCCCAACAGGAUUUACUCCUCAGUAAGAGUUUAGAAACUACAUUCAAAAACAUUUUGGAACUGAAAAAAACUGGGAGACAGCCACAAAGUGAGGCUACUGGUAGUGGCUCUGUAGAAUUAGACUUUCCAAACUUUUCACCAAUUGCUUCACAAGAAAACUGCCUGGAAAAAUUUAUUCCAGAUCACAGUGAAGGUGUUGUAGAAACAGACUCUAUUUUAGAAGCAGCUGUAAAUAGUAUCUUAGAGUGUUAAUAGUUACAGUACCAUGGACAAGUUAUGUUUCUCUUAGUAGAAGCAAAUGUGAAUAACACCACAAGUACAGCCUGACAUAUGUCAAAGGUUAAUCUUUCUAAACUAGAUUCUGUUCUGUGUUUGAGAGCAAUACUCAUUGUGAUUACAGUGAGAUAUCCAGUAAAGUUAAUUCUUGUUAGAAUGCAGUCUGUUGGGGCCUACACAUUUCAAGUAUUAUAAUGAUAGUGCUUAUGGUAAUUGUUUAACACUGCAAUUUAAUGAGAUUGUAGUUCACUAGGCCCUCGGUAAUAAGGUAAUAUACUGACAAUCACAGUCAUAUGAAAAGACAGAUUUAUUCAAGAAAACUUUAAAAAGACAAAUGGAAGCAACAAUUUUCCCCCUUCCAUAAAUCACUAGAUUUUAGUUUCUUUCCAGGAAAACCUCGUGGUUAAAUACCCAUUGUACCUUUAUUCAGAAAUGAUUGUCUAUCUGAUUUAUUAAUGAAUCCAUCUGCUCUAGGAUUUGAAGUUGGAAGGAUAUCAUCGGUACGUUUAUAGGACUUCAUAUUUCAAGUGCUUUUCUGUUGUCACUGAACAGAAAGUAGUACAUGAGUAUAUCUGUAGUGGGUGAAUUUAGUCUGUGGAAUGAUACUGUAUAAUGUUAGUCACAACAGUAUGAUGUGAAAUAAUAUAUGGUCGACUAAGGAAAGAAGAACAGAAGCCAGUAAGUGGCAAAGUGUACAGGAGGAGUCAUGAUAGAGCCAUGAAUUUAUAUAUAUAAAUACAUAUAUAUGUUAACUCUUGAGGAGAAGGUUUUGCUUUUUAUAAUUGGAUAUAGUCAACCUAAGUCUUUCUGAAGUGGUAUAAAUGUUUUUGUUUUUUAAGACCAGGUGUCAAAAGCACUUUUAUUUGAAAACUGUGUUAUUAAAUUAGUAGUUUAUACUUUGAGGGGACAUUAGCCUUAAUCUGAGAAAUUUAAAGGCCAGUGUUGUUGCUUGUUUCUGCUUCUUGCUGUCAGAGAAUAUUAGUCAUCCACAGCAGCAGUCAUAACUACCAAAAUAUGUACAGACCAAAGUUAAUCAGCUAUCCCAUUGUCAAAACAUAUCUCAACUUGUACAAUUAUUAAUUCACAUUUUAGAGCCAAAGGAAACCUCUGUGUGGUUUGUAUUUGGCUGGUGUUCAUGUUGACGAGAAUAGAAGCUUGUUAUUUUAUUUAUUUAUUUUUAAUAUGUGACAUUUUCCCUUUUAUGGCCCAUGCUUCUUUUUUAAUAGUUUACCUUGGUCAUUAGUGGUGUUGUGCACAUAAGUGUUCUGCUGUUAUCACGAUGAAUCUAGCAUGUAUGUCUGCUCAGAAGGGUAGAGCUGUUGUGGUUUCUAAGGCAUGCUCUCUAUCUCUCUUUCCUUCUGUCUUCCUCCCUGUUGCUCUCAAAAAUAAACAGCCAUGUUUCAAAACUUGCUGAUUGCCAUUAUCAUAAUCUAGAGACUCAUUGUGACAAACUGUGGUUGUCAGUCAGAUUGCCAGAACUGCCAGGAAAGAAAACAAAAGGCCAGGUUUUGCUAUCAUUUACACCAGGGAGUUUGCACCAGUGUAAAAGAGAGCAGAAUUUGGCCCUUGGGCUUUUGACCGCAUGAAAUUAUAAUGCACCUCAUUUUGUUGAGCGGCAGUCCAUUAUGUGAUAACAUAGGAAAACCAAAUCUAGUCUGAGAAAGAUAAUAAUAGUUAACGUAUAAUUAAUGUUCAGUUCCCCUUCAAUGUGAAUGGAAAUAUAAAUAUUUUGUACAUUAUUAAUUGCCAUUUAAAAAAAUUUGUGCCAAUUUAAAAGUACAAAUUUGUCAAAAUCCAACAUUCCCAAAUGUCAUGUAAAACAUUUAAAAUAAUAACAUGGUAUUGCCAGUUUUAAAUUUCUAGCUGGGCAUCAUUACAGGAGACUCUCAGGCAAUUAGCUAUUUUCUAGUUAAUGAGACUGACAGUAUAGUCUUUGCCUAUUGCCUUUGAAAUUUCAUAAAGAUAAUGAUGGCUGUGUAUCCUGAGGAUUAUGUAUCGUAUAAUUCAUUUAAUUUCAGCCAGUAUGAGCACUCUAGAAAGGAAGGCUGUAAGUUGUAUCAGCAAUGUAAAUGAGAAAAAGAUGCACAUUUUAUGAGAAAAAGAUGCACAUUUAUGGAUCCUGUCACUCUUGGUACCGUCUCAAACAGCAUAUUAGCUUUCAAGCAUCUGUACAGCAGAUACAUAACCUAAAUACCAAAAUGUUGUGUCCACUAUGUAAAUUUAUUUUCCUGGGCAGUGAAUUAUAGAUAAUGACAAAUAAAGAUUAAGACAUGUUUUUUAUCAUUGUUGAUUAGGUCAGACAAAGGUUUGUCCAAACAUCUUAUGUCAGGAAUCCGUUGAGCAAAGGCCUGCAAACUUACUGUUGGAUCAUUAGUGUUCUGUUAUUCAUUAAUUUGAAUUCUAUUUUAGGAAUACUUGUACUUGGUAAUGCAGCAAACAAAAUAAUCGUAUAUAUGAAAUGUUGUUUUAAUAAAGUGUGAAUUGGAAUCUGAUCCAGUGAAAUACUUUAACACAUGCCUGAUUUUAAGCACAUGCUAAAAUACUUUGCUGGAUCAGUAUAAUAAUUUCCAAUGUUCAUGAAUACUGCCUAAGGUUAAAAUAAAUUUUAAACUGGCAAUUACAAAAAAAAUUUUAACUUUGAAGAGUUUAGCAUAAUUUAUCUCUUAGAUUAGGGUGGCCUUACAGACUGACUUCACUUAAAGAGGAUGUGUCACUUAUUGUCAAUGUGGUAUGGACUUUAUUUGCUUAAAUACCUUCAUUUGUAUAGUAUGUCUCACUUGAAAUUGCUUUGUAUACAUUUUGUAAAAAUAUUUAUAAAAUGUUUUGUAAAAAAAGUAUAACAAAUUGCAGUUUAUUUUGUUAUGUUGGAUAAAUACUGUUAAAAGACACACGUUGGUAAAUAUAUUGUUAAUCCAUGGAUAGGAAAUGUUUAGUUGGAGAUUACAGAUUGAAACAACCAUUGCAAUACAGCCAAAGAUUUGGGAAAAAAGUA